AUGAGGAGGUCGCAACGGGCUAGAUACGGAUCAGAUGACUGGGUUAUGAUCCCAGCACUAGUCCUUGUCUUCGGCAUGGCGGCGACGAUACUAGCAGGAGUGGCACAGAACGCUUUAGGGCAUCUAACGCCGAAGCCAACGCCAGGCAGCGAAUUGACCGCUACAAGCCCACAACAAACAGUGACGAGAAAGGCGUAUAUGGCCAUCACGCUUCUGCAAACCGCGGCCUUGACUUUCAUCAAAAUUAGCUGUAUGCUGUUCUACCACCGCAUCUUCCGCACCGCAUCCUCCGUGGCCAAUUUCCUAAUAUAUGCGAUAAUCGGAUUGAUUUCGAUCUGGGGAGUCGGAUUCUUUUUCAGUUUCCUCUUCGCAUGUAACAUGCAUUUCGAUUUCUUUUGGACAAAUCUGGAGAAUCAGCUCAAAUGCCCGGCUGACUUCAACAAAAUCAACUUGUCACUUUCUGUUUCGGAUGUCAUGAUGGAUUUUCUCAUAUUAAUAUUUCCUAUUCCAUGGAUCUUGAGAAUGCAGAUGUCGCUGGGCAAGAAAAUGCUAGUUUUGAGUAUUUUCACUUUGGGUGGUCUCGCCGUCGCGGCUUCGAUAACACGCCUGGUGAUUAUAGUAGAAGAGUUAAAUAUCGAGUUUGAGGCAACGGCAGAUGAAGACUUUGUGUCCACCGCUGGCCUAAACGAAGGAGGAGGUAGCAACAAUUCGAGCAACAAGCCCGGUACACCGAUUCCUCUAGAGCUCAUGCCGUCCAAGGGUGAAGCGACCCCAAUAGAAAAUGUCGAUUUGGAAAUGCAACCUUCACGGAAAAAUGACAGACAAAAUGUUAUGAUUACGAGCAGUAUAGAAAGCGGCUGA